AUGGACAUUGAAGAUUCAACAUUAAAACAAAGAAAGGAAUAUUAUGAUAAAUCAUUUCCUGUUGAAACAUUUUAUAAAUGGAUAACAAGAAAUAAAAAAUAUUCUGAUACAAGAGAAUUAUCAUUUACUAUGUCUGAUGAAAGUUAUAUUCGAUAUCAACAUUUUAAAAGUAAUGAAGAAUUAAAGAGAAAAUUAAAAGAGAAAGUACCAAUUAAAUUUGAUAUUGGUGCAGUUUUUGAUAAAUUAUUAAUUGGAGUAACUAAUACACCUUUAUUAAGAGAAUUUAUUAUUGAUAUUGAUAUGGAUGAAUAUAAUGAUGUAAGAUAUUGUUGUCAAGGAACAAAUAUUUGUAAAAAAUGUUGGACAUUAUUAGUUGCUGCUGUUCAAGUAUUAAAUUAUAUUCUUCAUGAACAAUUUGGAUUUAAUCAUAUUUUAAAUGUAUUUAGUGGAAGAAGAGGAAUUCAUAUUUGGGUAUGUGAUGAUAUUGCAAUGGAAAUGACAGAUACAUUAAGAAUGAAUAUUGUUCAAUAUUUAAAUCUUUUUGAAGCAAAACAUACAAAUUCACAAAAUGAAUCAUAUAUAGUAAUUCCUGGACGUCAUUCAUUAUUUGAUGAUUCAUAUCAAAUUUUAGAACCUUUAUUUAAUAAAUAUCUUCAAGAUGAACAAAUUUUUGAAUGUUCUGAAAGACGUUCUCGUUUUAUUAGACUUAUUCCAACUUCAAAACAAUCUCAAUGUGAUGAAAAAGAAGAUUUAACAUGGGAUUAUGUAAAAAAAAUUCUUAGUGAUGAUCCUAAAGCAUUACAAAGAAUUGUUUUUACUUAUCUUUAUCCUAGACUUGAUAUUAAUGUUUCUAUGAAAAGAAAUCAUUUACUUAAAGCUCCUUUUUGUAUUCAUCCUGCUACUGGAAAUGUUUGUGUUCCAAUACCAUUUAAUAAAAUAAUAGAUUUUGAUGUUACAAGAGUCCCUACAUUAAUUUCUGUUCAAGAAGAACGAGAAAAUAAAACUGAAAUAAUUCAAAAUAAUAGAAUGGAAGAAGAAGAUUCUUAUAAUAAUAGUGAUAAUGAAAAUGAUCAAAAACCAAAGUAUUCAUAUAAAGAAUUUGUACAAUUCUUUGAUUCAUUUGUGAAUGAUCUAAUACAGUAA